AUACUAAAAUUCGUGUUCCUGAAUGUUUAGUUGUGUUGUAAGUUUGUAACUUGCCGCUUAGCUGGUGCGCAUAUAAUUGUGGCAACUAUACUAGUCUGUCUCUCUGAUUUGAGUUUGACAAAGUGAAGAAAAACAACACAGUUCAUCAUGUACAGUGAAGAUUACGAUAAACAAUCAAAGAGAUAUCCAGAAGAUAGUGACGAAGAUGAAAAUGAACAUCAUGCAAAAAAGCGCAGAAGACGUUCUUCGAGCAAUUCAGAUGUUGAAGAUGAGCAAAGAGCCAGUUUUUCACAGAGUAGUUCUCAAGAUAAUGAUUCACAAGAUGAAACAGACAGGUUCAAUUCAUCCAGAAUUCAAACAUUUUACAAUGCUACUAAUUUUCUCGAAAAUUCCGUUACUGAAAAAGAAGAAAAUAUAUCAUCAAAAUCAUUCAGUGAUGUUACAGGCUCUUCUCCGGUCAAAAAUUCUCAAAAAAGUACUGUCCUGAAAGGUAGCGUUGCUGAACGAAUGAUGAAAAAAUGGGGUUACCAAACAGGUGCUGGUAUCGGUAAAGAAUUACAAGGAAGAGCUGAACCUGUUGCCACAUCUACUCAGAAAGGUCGCAGAGGAUUAGGUCUUGAAUUAAAGGAGCUUGAAUUUGUUACUGAAGAUUUUGACCCACGUGAAGAGGUUGUUGAGAUCCCAGAAAAAAUAGAGUGGAUAGAAAAUGAACUUGAAAACGCUCCUAAUGAAGAAGAACUUAAAUCAUGGGUUGAAUUACGCAAAUAUGGUCCCAGGCCAAAAAAAAUUGAUAAUGAAACAACAUUUUGUGAUGCAAGCAUAGUUCGUGGAAUAGUCAAUGCAAAAUCUGCAUUUGACAGGCUGGAUAAAAAUGAAAUGAGAGAAGCCAGAACUAGAAGUAAUCCCUAUGAAACAAUUAGAAAAUCUAUAUUUUUAAAUAGAGCUGCUGUAAAAAUGGCUAAUAUCGAUAAGGCUUGUGAUUUCAUGUUUACUAAAUUUAAAUUACCACCUGAUGAACCGUUGUACUUUGCUGAUGUAUGUGCUGGUCCAGGAGGAUUUAGCGAAUAUGUACUUUAUAGGAGAAAGUGGCGCGCCAAAGGAUUUGGAUUUACACUGAAAAAUGAAAAUGAUUUUAAAUUGCAUGAUUUCCAUGCUGGACCAAGUGAAACUUUUCAUCCUUAUUAUGGACCAAAAGAUAAUGGUGAUGUGUAUGAUCCAGAAAAUCAAACUGCUUUUGCAAUGUUAAUAGAUAAACAAACUUCUGGGGUUCAUUUCAUGAUGGCUGAUGGAGGAUUUUCUGUGGAGGGACAAGAAAAUAUCCAAGAAGUUUUAUCCAAACAAUUGUACUUAUGUCAAUGCUUAGUAGCUUUAAUGACAGUUAGACCGGGAGGACACUUUGUGACAAAAGUGUUUGAUUUAUUUACUCCAUUUAGUGCAGGACUUAUUUAUAUCAUGUACAGAUGUUUUAAGAAAAUUUCAAUAUUCAAGCCAAAUACUUCAAGACCCGCUAACUCUGAAAGAUAUCUUAUAUGCCAAGAAAAAUUAGAAGAUACUACAGAUGUUAUGAGUUAUUUAUAUGAUGUCAACAAGUAUCUGUUAGAAAAUAAUGAAAAAAGGGACAUUCUGGAAUUAGUACCAGAGAAAAUUAUAUUGAAAGAUAGUCAAUUUUAUAAUUAUCUAAAAAGUUCAAAUGAAGAAUUAGGAAAAAAACAAAUUGUAGGAUUAAAAAAAAUUGCUGUUUAUACCGAAGAAAAGGAACUCAUUGAACUACGACAAAAAGAUGUUCGAGAACAAUGUUUAAAACAUUGGGAAUUGCCUGACGAACCAAGACCAGUUGCCCGAAGAUCAAACCCUCAGAAUAAAGCUCAAGAACUUCUUGGAGAUCAUAUAAGUAUACUACAAAGCAGUUCUUAUAAGAACUCAAAAAAAUUAACUCUUGAAAGUUCUCAAUUCAUUCGUCAAAAUCCUAAUGAUUGGUUUUGUGUGCCAUGUGCAUAUAAUGUAGAAGAGUCAGCAUUAGGUGGGCCAAACGAUGAUGGACCAACUUUUUAUCUAGGUCUUGGUAAGACCAGUGUUUAUAGAUGGAUACAAGGACGAUGGAUGCCCUUUAAUAAUCCAGGAGUAGAAUUACCUCGUGACACUUUAGUAUAUGCAGAGUGGGUUUUAGAAAUGAGAAGAGAAGAUCGAGCUCAGUCAAAAACAUAUGCAUUGCAUAUUAUAGAUGCAUUAUGUCUAGGAGGAGAAAAUAUUUCUCAAAAGUUCCUCACAGAGAGGCAUAGGCUCAUCAAAAUGUUUUGUAAAGCAAUUUGGAAACCAGUUGACCGUUCCACAGCUCCUGUACGUGUCAAAAAAUUAAUACCUGUAGAUAAUGCUUUAAAGCAAAAUUUGCAACUAUCAACAAAAAGGAUGAAAAACGGAGCUAACAAAUUGUGCUAUGCUCCUACUAGAAGAGAUUAUGAAAAUGAUAAUGAAGAUACUUAUUAUUAUCCAUUAGGUAGUGUUAUUUUUUUCAAAGCUACACAGGAACCAUGGCAUAGGCAUUGGGGUAAUAGAGAAAAAAAAAUGUACUUGUACAAUAUAGAAAGUAGAUCCUCCAUUUGGGAAACACCAGAUAUAGCUGGUGUCAACUUUGCUCAAACGAUAAAAAAUCAAUUAGUUUGGAAUUAUCCCAAUGGAAAAGAUUUAUCAAUGGAUGAUUUAUCUCAGAUGAUACAUCAUUAUAACAGUCGAAAAAGAUAAUCUAACUGAACUUUAAUUAUUGAAAAUUCGUUUAAAAUUGUCUAAUUUUAAUAAUUUUGUAUUAGAUAGUCACAAGU